AUGGAGCAGGAGCAGGCGUCACAGGUGGGUCGGUCUCUGAUCAAGCAGCUGGCGUGCUGCAACAAAACUACCAGAGAGAAAACCCUUCGCCACCUCCUCAAAUCGUGGCUUCCCUCACAGCAGAUACCCCUCUCCGAGGACGACGCAAAGAAGCUCUGGAAGGGUCUCUUCUACUGCAUCUGGCACUCCGACAAGCCCCUCGUCCAAUCCGACCUCGUCGAUCGGUUGUCCUCUCUUCUCCUAUCCCUCCACCUCCCUCUCUCCUUCCAGUACUUCUCCACCUUCCUCCUCACCAUGCGCCGCGAGUGGUCUGGAAUCGACGCCCUGCGACUCGAUAAGUUCUAUCUUCUCAUAAGAAGGUUCGUUUCCAAAUUUUUCUCUCUCAUGAAAACCCAUUCCUGGGAUCCCCCACUUGUGCAGAACCUAAUGGGUGUUUUCGACCAAGGCACUUUCUCCGCUCAGGAGAAUAAGGCCCACGGGAACGGUGUUAAUUACCACAUUGCCACUGUUUUUCUCGAAGAGCUUCACCCUUUUCUCCCGCUUAAGCAACAGGUUCUGGAAGUGUUGUUGAAGCCUUUCAUUUCCGCUAUGGGGAGGGCCCACGAUAAGGUGUUGGUAGGGAAGAUUAGGUCUGGGGUGUUUCAUUUGUUGCUAAAGAACGGGAAGACGUUGUUGGAAUUUAAGAAGAGAGGGGAGGAGGUUGUGGAUCCUCGUGAUGAGGUUGUGGUUCUUGGAACGGUUGCCUUGGGGAUGGGGUUUUCCGGAAGGUUUUAUGAAAUGGGUUCUUCAGCUGAUUGCUGGCAGGGAAAUAGAAAGGUGUUGUUUGCGCUGCAUUCUGAGUUUUUGAAGUUGGAGAAGGAAGCUGAAAAGUCAGGGGUUGAGAUUUCGAUUCCGGAUGUUGUUGAUGAAGAGGAAGUACCAGAAUUGGUUCCACUGGGGCAUGCUGAGGUUGUUGGUAAUGGUGAGGUGUUGAAGAAGUGUGAGAAGGAUAAGGAGGUGAAUGUUGACGGUGGCGAGAGUACGAAGAGGAGGAAGAAAAAGAAGGGUGAUGCGACCGAUCUGGCUAGUGCUGCCCAGAGUGGCAAGGAGAAUGUGGUUAGUGAGAAUGGUGGGAAUGCUAAUGAUGGAAGCCCGGUGGUGUUGAGUGAGACAGUGAUUGCUAACCUGCAAAAGCAGUUUGAGAAGGUUGCUGAGGAGGCGGGUUUGGAUGAUGGAGCUGCGAUGGUGUCUGACUCGUCUGAGGUUGCGUCUGCUACGGGAGAAACUGUGUCUAAGAAGAGGAAGAGGAAGAGGACAAAGAGCUUGAAAGGGAAGGCGUCUCAGGAUUCUGCUGACUUGAAUGGUGUGGUUGGUGAGGAGAGUGCUGUGGCACAGAGUGGGGAGAAGAGUACAAAGAAGGUAAGAUUUUCGAUGAAAAAUAACUUGGUUUGGAAGCCACACAGUCCAUUACCUCCUCAGAGUUUGAGGUUGCCUCCCUCUGCAACACCCAGAGGAAGUGCACUCAAAAAGGGUGUGCCUCCGGGUCCCAUCAGGGAGAUGCCUCUUCCUACCAAAAAGCCAAAAAUGAAGAAGGCUAGGAAGGCAAUUAAGGGUGUUUCUCCAUCUGUCAAACGCCUGAAGAAAUUAAAACUGCGUGCUGCAUGA